AUGCCACUUAUUCAGCUGAAGCCUCAUCUUUUCACAUCGCUCCCACAGCAUCCAUCCUUUGCGGACAACGAUACGCGGACGAAAAUCCAAGAUGUAACGCGGGACGCGCUACACGAAGCUCUGGAGUUUCUUCACUCGGUACCCUCCGCGUUCACGGCAGACCCGAAACUUCGCGCCUCGUCGCCAUCAGCGGCGAAAGUCAAGCUAUCCCGACGGUGGCGUAAACAGUCAGAGCUGGAACCAAACGCGAAUGAUAAAGCGAAACCGGAAUUCUGGGUCUGUCGGCAAAGCGAACAUCUCGAUUCUAACACAGACGGUACCGCAUCAUGGGACGAAUUCCAACAGGGGCUGAGGGUCAAUCACGCCGAGCAUGAGAUGGAGUAUACGCCAAGCGUUACGGGCGUAGAGCGCCUGCUGGAGUGGCCAAGGGGGGAAAUCGCCGACUUGGAAAUCAACGGCAUCAAGUUCCAUGAUGUGGACGCGGAGGGUAGGUACCUCGACAAGACCUCGUCCCAUCCAUACAUAUCUAACCUCCAGUGA